AUGAUUUCACAGAUUUCUUUGAGCAAGACGGACACGAACACGUUGAGCAGGAACAUCAAGAACCAACCAACUCCGUUAACGGACGCGGAUCCGGCCGACGCUGACGCUGAGUGGUGCGGCUCGAGUAACCCGGGCGCGGCCUGUGGCCUCGGGCGUUCGCCCAUGUCGGCUGAAGAGGCGCCGCUGUUGUCGGCGCCCAUGGACGACGGGCGCGCCCCGCCGCGGGGCGACUCGCACGGCGAGGCGCCUGAGCCGCGGGCCCCCGCGGCUACGCUACUAGCUGCCACCGAAUGGACUCAGAGAAUCGAGCUGGAGGCGAUCAGCGAAGUGAUCGUCGCAUCCUACAGCAUCGAACUGCGGGCAUUACAAUGCGCGGUAAAUUGGGAGGCGCAGCGCGAGCGGCAGUGCCACGAGCAGGUUGUCGCGGCCAGCGCCCCCUCCGCGGGCGGGGGCGCCGCGACCAGCCGCGCUCGCCUCGCGGCCGGUCGCAGCGUGGCGAGCGCUGCGAUCGGCAAGGGAACCGACGCAUCGCUAGACUCUACCAAGGCAGCGCACCAGGCGCUGUCGGCGAUGGGCAUGGAGCGCCACGCCGAGGCGAACGCAAAAGGGGUUCACUUCUCAGCUCGGCCAGGACUCACAGUGGAACAGGUCCAGCACGCCGCCGUGGGGGCCGCGCUGCGGCGGGACGGCUUCGCGGUGGUGCGGCGGUGCGUGGACGGAGGUGCCCUGCGCGCCCUCGCGGACGAGUACGAGGCCAAGGUGCUCCCGCACAAGCACGCCGCCGACGUCCGCCGGGAGGUGCACGGCGAGCCCGGGGAAGACGGACUCGGCAGGGUGGUUCACGUCGCCAACAUGCAUGAAAUGCCCAGUCUCGCGCACCUCGCCGCAGACUCGAGGCUGCUGGAGGUCGCCUCGGCCUGCCUCGGCGGCAAGAGGGUGAGGCCUGUGAUCAACACAGAGUUGUUCGACAAGCCGCCGAAUGGUAAUUCCUCCACGACGACACCCCCGCACCAGGACAAUUUCUACUUCGGGGCCAAGGAACCUGGCGUGGCGCUGUGGAUCAACCUGGACGAAGUCGAUCGCGAUGCUGGCACGGUGCGCUUCGUCCGCGGCAGUCACCUCAAGGGCAGGCGCUUCCACGAGUGGGACUGGGGCCCAGCUGGCUUCGUGAAGAGCAUAUACGACUUCACCGACGAGGACGAGGAGGGGUUGUCGGAGGUUGGGUGCCUGAGCCCCGGCGACGUGGUCGUGCACUCCGCCCUCACCAUCCACUACGCGCCCAGCAACAUGACGCCUGGCCGGCGAAGGGGCCUGGUGGUGAACUACGUGGCAGAGGACGUGGCGUACACCCUGGCAGAUGACCUCCACAAGCCCUCGCUGGUCUUCCGCAUCCACCACGACACGCGCCUCCUGGCCCCCGUCCCCGAGGGCUGGCACGAGAGGCACGCGUUGGCCGUCACGUGCGUGCGGUGCGCCCUGGCCUUCGAGGGCGUCCGCGGCGAGGUGCGGCUCGACGGCGACGUGGGCAAGCUGGCCGUCGAGGUCGCGGAGCCCCGCGACCUGCGCAGGGCGGCCGACGCCCUGAUCAGGUCCGGGCACGUCGUCCGCGGCCUGCAGGCACUGCUGGCGCUGCCGCUGCAGCUGGACGGCGCGCUCGAGGUGCCCCCCGAGCCGGCGGCAAGCUCCGCGGGCGCGAGGCUGCCCGACGGCCUCGUGGGCGCGUGGCUGCUGAGCUGCGCGGAGGGCGGCGCCACGCGGCUGGCCCUGAGGCUGCAGGCGCGGUGCGGCCUCUACGCGGACGUCCGGGUGCCAAGCUUCGGGCUGGACGUGGCCUCCCUGGACGUCGACAAGGCCCAGGACAUGGAGCUUCUGGCGCAGCUGCUCGCGGCGCAGCGGGCCUCAGCGGGCUCGGUGCGCGUGCACGAGGGCAGCGGCGAGGUCGUUGUGAGGCACGACUGGGCGCGCAUGCACCCCUCGAGCGGCAGGCCCCAGGUGGUGCGGGUGAGACAGGGCGGCGGGCAGGGUCGAGGCUUGUCCGAGGCGCUGCUCUCCGGGCUGGAUCCGGCGGAGAACUGCACCGAAAGUUGGCAGCCUGCGGAGCCGGGGUGCCCCGCCGGGUACUCUGCCGCCGUUCUGGAGCUGCUGGACUGCCCGAGGGGCCGCCGCGGGCUCUGGAUUGUGAUGGGCACGUGGUUUGCCCGGGUGGUGGGACGGCGCGCUGACGAGGCCCUCUCGGACGUGGCGUGCAGGUCCCUCGCGCACGCGGUGCAGAAUUACACCGAGGCCUGGGGCAUGGACAUCCCGGCAGCAGUGCACGGGUGUGAAGCGGAGGUGGGCCGCGUGGAGGCCCCUGGUGUGUUGCGCGUCUUGCACGGAUUCAAUUUCGACGGCCCUGGCGCCAGGACGGACGACCAUCUGCUGCUGGACGGCGUCGCCCGGCAAUUGCGCAGGGACGCCGCUGACGACAGCGUGCUCGUCGAGAGCCAUUCCGGUGUGCGCUGGAUGGUCCGAGAGUUGUCGCAUUCGUUCUCCGGAUUCGGGCAGCUGAAGCGCGCGGCGAGACCCCUCCCGCGCGCCCGCUGGCCCGCCCGCGGCGCCGCCCUCCGCCCGGGCGCGCGCGCCCUGGCCGCGGGCGCGGCGUGCCUCGGCGGCCUGCUGGGCCUCGGCGAGCGCGCCGCCCUGCCAGCGGCCGCCCCGAGCAGCCUGCGGCGCCGCUGCGGGCCGCCGCCGGGCAGCCUCGGCGCCCCCUGCGGGCGCGCGCGGGGCGGCGCGCGGGGCGCCGCGGCGUGCGCGGCGCUCUCCGGCGAGUUCGGGACCGUGGAGCGGACCCGGGAGGUGCUGGAGGCGCGCGGCUGGCCCGCCGAGCGCCGCGCGUCGGUGGGCCCCAACGGGUCGACGAAUUUCCUGGGGCGCGCUGGCGGCGGCGGCGAGGGGAAGCCGCCGGUGAUGCUUGACGUGCGCUCGCCUGUGGAGUUCGCCCGCGGCCACAUCCCGGGGGCCGUGAACUUGCCGCUCUUGAGCGACUCCGACAGGGAGGAGGUGGGCACGUUGCACCGCUGGAGCAGCGGCCAGGCCGCCUUCGACCUGGCGCUGUCUCGCGCCCACCCGCGCCUGGAGGCCCUGCUGCGACGGGCGGAGGAGCUCUGCGACCGCGGCCCCUCUGCGCCGCACGCGCUGGUCUACUGCAAGCGGGGUGGCCGGAGGUCGCAGUCGUUCGCGAUGCUGUUGGCCCACCACGGCAUCGAGGCCUACACCCUGGACGCAGGGUACACGGCCUUCAGGAAUUGGGCCAUGGAUGUGCUCGAGCGGCCGCAGAAGUUGUGCGCUCUUGCCGGCGCGACGGGCAGCGGGAAGACCGAGGUCCUGGGGGAGCUGCGUGGCCUCGGCGCGCAGACCAUCGACCUGGAGGCGCUGGCCUGCCACAAGGGCAGCGUCUUCGGCCACCUCGGGGAGCCCUCGCAGCCGAGCUCCGAGCACCUCCGCAACCUCAUCGCCUGUGAGUGGGCCAAGCUCGAUCCGGACCGGUUCGUGUUUCUGGAGGACGAGGGCUCCCGCAUCGGAGACGCGCACUUGCCGGCCUCGCUCUUCCGGCGCCUCCGCGCCGCGCCGCUGGUGGUGCAGCUGGACGUGCCCUUCGCGCUGCGCGCGGAGCGCUCGCUGGCGACGUACGGGCCCUAUGGCCCCGACGCCCUCGCCGAGGCGGUGCAGCACUUCCGCAAGAAGAUGGGCAGCGACCGCACCCAGGAGCUCCUGGACCACCUCUCGCGCGGCGAGCUCCGCCCCGUCUGCGAGGAGGCCCUGCGCAACUACGACCGGGCCUACGACUACUUCCUCCGCAAGGGCCGCAACCGCAGCGCCAUCGUCGCGGUGCCCGUGGAGUCCCUGGACCGCGCUCUUCCGCCCCGGGGACGUCCAGGUGUCCGCGCCCGGCGGGGGCGCGGCGCAGCUCGUGGAGACGAGGACGUCGCCGGCCGUGGCGCGGCGCCGCUGCGCCGGGUGCUGGGCGCCCGUGGCGGGCGCGCUGAGCGCCGGCGGCGCCGGCCUGACGGCCGUGCCGCUGUCGCUGCUGGACCCCGGCGUGGACGGGCUGGCGCCGGCCUGGAGGCCACGGCACCACCUGCACUAUGGCAGCCGCGUGCUCGACGUGGAGAUCUCCGACGAGCUGUGCAGUCUGGACAAUUUUCCUCGAUCGACGCCAGCCUCCUGCACCGUGAAAAAUGGACGAUCUGCCGAAGUACGUCGGCCGGGCCGGCGGAGACUUGUGGGCCCCACGCGGUGCAAAA